CAAUUCUAAAAAAAGGCUAAAUGGUAGUCCUGUUUUUUCCCCAAAACUUAACUAAUAUAAAAUAAAUAGUGUAUAGUAACUAAAAAGUUGGAAUUCUUGUGUACCCUUCAUUUUUGGUUCUUUGGGAAUAAUUUACAAGUAUAAAAUAUGAAAAAGCUUGCUGUCAUCUAGGUCUUGUGAUGUGUAUUUCUUAGAUUAAAAAAAUAAAGUCUGAUUGGUGGGAUUUGUUUUUAUGCUGCCUAAUUUGGCACACAUUGUCUGUGGGUUACUCGUAUAAUCCAUUCAAUACAUCCAUGCAAAUAUUCUUUGCCUGGAAAACAGAGAUCUUUCCGUUAACCAUCCCCUACCCCUUAUCCUCAAUGAGCUUCAACCUAUACAAAAACUCAUAUAUAUACCUGCAAAAAUGCACAUAUUUAACAGGCUUGUCCCUGAAUCAGUCACAGGAUAUUGGAAGGUAUCUUUGCAGCUGGUUUCUUUGUAAUUUUAGAAAGAUUUUUUUGCUUGCUGCCCUUUAGGCUUGACCCAGAUUCCAAACUGAUUUUGCUUAUGUGAAACUUUAAAUGGACGCUUAGCUGUAAUAGAGACUUGGCCUCUUUUUUUCCUUAUCUCUUCCAAAGGAGUAGAGGAAAAGAAAAAGGAUUACUUGAAAGUUGAGAUCACUUUUUCUCACAAAAGCAUGUGACUACAGUUCGUUCUCCAUUUACAUAUUUCCUUCUUAACUAUGUUCGAACCAAAAGGAACAUUGAUGCUUUUCUUAUAAGAUUUAAGAAAUAGAAUAUAAAAAAAUUUAAUAAAGCUGGAGUAGUUCAGUCAGUUAAAGCGUACGGUUGUUAAGAGGUUCAACCCAUUCCUCUAGCGUUUUUAUUCUGCUCAUUAUUUUUAAUUAUCUCAUUCACCUGGAGGUUCAUCAAACAACUUGAUUUGAUUGUUUGUUUAAUGUUUAGAGCUAAAGAUUUUUUGAAGUUGAAAACUCACCAAAUCUAAAGUUUUGAUCUGCAUGUGAAGCCUUCAAAUAUCUCUAUUCGUUUGAAUCACCUCGACCAAACCUUGAAAAGAUUAACCUCAACCAUAAACCGAACCUCGAAACCCGUUUUGUAGCGUUUCCGUUUUCUGUUAUAAGCGGACAUUCUCACAUGGCGAUUAUGUCACUCGGUCCCAUUGUCCACAAGCUCUCGUUAAUGGCUUACAUUCUUUUGUGAUUCUUUGCCUCUCUUCUAUCCAAAUCCUAUCCUUUAUAUAUCUCUCCUUGCAAAUUCAUCUUUGUUAAGUCAUCUCUCAAUUCAUUUUCUUUCGCCUUAGUAAUAACUAGUUUCCCUGGAAAAAGAAGUCUUCAAAAAGUUAAGAGAACAAAGCAAAAAAAUUCCAUUUCUCCUCUUCAGAGACUGACCAGAGAUGUUUCCUAGUUUGCACUCCCUGGGAAGCUGUACAUAUAAUGGAAUGGACUUGACAGUGCUUGAGAAACAACAAGCAAGGUUGAAAUGGCUGCAGCAACAGCAGCAGCAGCAAAACUAUGUGGUCCAAAAUAAUGCUCAUGUUGAAUUAUGUACAAGUUCAGUGCCUCAGUUUCAGGGUUUGCUUGGAAGCAGUUUAUGUGGUGGACAGUUGGUUGAGCUGAAAAUGCCAGAAGUUUAUCUGGGUAGUGAUGAUUUUCACAAAUUUGUGAACUUUUCAGUCGCUGGACCAGAGUUUGGUGUCAGUAAGAUGGAUUUGGUGAUGCCAGAGGCUGCUGCAGAUUACAGUAUUUCCCGGACUUCUGGCUGUCAGAUGACAGCUUUCCAGACUGCUGUUAUUAAAGAGGAAGGAGAGGAUGUGGUUUUGGAGAAAAUGGAGUCUACCACGGGCAGAGAGAGCUUUAACAAGAGAAAAGCAAAGGCUGUUGCAGACUAUAAAUGCAAAGACAAGAAGAUUAAAGAAGUAGAAGCGGAAUCUGAGGUUAAAACAAAAUGCAGUGCAGAAGUUUCCAGAAAUUCUUCAAAGGAGAAGUCGAAGGCUUCAGAGGUCCAGAAGCCAGAUUACAUUCAUGUAAGGGCACGUCGUGGCCAGGCUACCGACAGUCACAGCUUGGCAGAAAGAGCCAGAAGGGAAAAGAUCAGUAAGAAGAUGAAAUGCUUGCAAGAUUUAGUCCCUGGUUGCAAUAAAAUCACAGGCAAAGCUGGAAUGCUAGAUGAAAUAAUCAAUUAUGUUCAAUCUCUCCAAAGGCAGGUUGAGUUUUUGUCUACGAAGCUUGCUGCGCUGAAUCCAAGUGUAGAAUUCAAUGUUGACAACCUACAUGUGAAAGAGUUUCCUGCUUAUGUCGCCAAUUUUCCAGCAGCCGCUAAGUCACCAGCAAUGGCCAAUUUGGCCUGCCUUCAGUUGAAUCCAUUGCAAAAAGAAGCUGUAAAUUGCAUAUUAGAUGCUACAAUGCACCCUCCAGGGACAGCAACUGAAGGAAUUGCAAGUGCUUCUAUGCUAAUCCCAGAACAAGCUCUCGGCUCAUCCUGCGUGACUCAACUGCAACCAUUUUCAACUUGGAACACGGAUCCUCAAUGUCUUUACAAUGUGUACAAUAUGGGGUUUCAUUAAGAAUGAUCAACUAAUUUUUGUCUCCAUCAACAGACACUAUCGUAUCAGACUUCAAGACGGAAUAUAAUUUUAGAUGCUAUCAUUCACCUUCUUACAGGAUUUAUUUCAAAGAUUCUAAUAGUUACCAUUCUUGAAAUCCUAGCAGCAUCAAGAUGGAGAUGUUAUUUUUUUUGGACACUAUUCAUCAUCAUACAGGAUUUUAUUACUAUGAUUCCAACAAAUUACUCAAUGAACAAAUUCUUGUUCUCCAUGUGUAGUCCCACUAUUCUAAUAAAACAUUAUCCAUCCAUAUGAUAAAUCACAAGAUUUCCAUAUUUCCACUGUAUAAUGACUAGAG